UUAGCGACUAUUUUUAGUGCAAUUUACGUGUGACGUGCCUUAAUAACAUAUUUUGUUCAUUUCGUUAGCGAAAAAAAAAACAGUGGAAAAGAAACAUGUUCGAGCUCUCGAAAUUGUUUUCGCUGCGACGGCCUCAGGGUAGCAGUAAAAUGGAUCGCUACGAGAAAUUAAGUCGACUUGGCGAAGGUUCAUAUGGCGUCGUCUACAAAUGUCGUGAUCGCGAAACGGGCGCCUUAGUAGCUGUCAAACGGUUUGUGGAAUCGGAAGAUGAUCCGGCUAUAAGAAAAAUUGCGUUACGCGAAAUUCGACUGUUGAAAAAUCUGAAGCAUCCCAAUCUGGUCUCACUACUGGAGGUAUUCCGGCGUAAGCGACGUUUGCAUUUGGUAUUUGAAUUUUGCGAGCUGACAGUGUUGCACGAAUUGGAGCGACAUCCGCAAGGCUGUCCGGAGCAUUUAACCAAACAGAUCGUCUACCAAACAUUGCUGGGUGUGGCAUAUUGUCACAAGCAGAACUGCCUGCAUCGCGACAUUAAACCGGAGAAUAUACUGUUGACAGCGCAGGGACAAGUGAAGCUGUGCGAUUUCGGUUUCGCGCGCAUGCUGAGUCCUGGCGAGAAUUACACAGACUAUGUUGCCACCCGGUGGUAUCGCGCGCCGGAGCUGCUUGUCGGCGAUACACAGUAUGGCACUGCUGUGGAUGUGUGGGCCAUCGGUUGUCUCUUUGCGGAGCUGGUACGCGGCGAGGCGUUGUGGCCCGGUCGCAGCGACGUGGACCAGCUGUAUUUGAUACGCAAAACUUUAGGUGACCUGCUGCCGCGGCAUAUACAGAUUUUCUCACAAAAUGAAUAUUUUAAGGGCAUUACAUUACCGGUGCCGCCAACGCUGGAGCCGCUCGAAGACAAAAUGCCAGCAAAAUCACUACAAAAUCCGCUCACCAUAGACUUUCUCAAAAAAUGCCUCGACAAGGAUCCGGCCAAGCGUUGGUCCUGCGAAAAGCUCAUCAAACACUCAUACUUCGAUGAUUACGUGGCCAAACAGCGUGAACUGGAGCAUGUUAAUAGCCUCGAGGCGGCCGCACUACAACGACAACAACAAUUGCUGCAGCAACAACAACAGUUGCAACAACAUUUGAUGCUACAGCCGCAUAGUCAACAAUUGCAGCCACAAUCACAGCAACACACACCGCUGCAGGCGCAACAUCACCAGCAACAGCAGCAACAACAACAGCAAACACCAUUGCUACUGGCAGCGCAGGCGGCGCGUGACAAAUCUAAGACUUCAAACACAUCGCUUCCAUUGCUGACCAACACCCAGCUGUCGCAUCAUCAUGCGGACUAUGUGAAGCUGCAACCGAUUAAUAAGAAUGCCACAUUGCUCCAUCGCACCGAACAUCAUUUGCCAACGAUAUAGUGUGUUGCGCAAGCAUGUGUCCAGCCAAACACAACAACAUCAACAAAACAAAGACAUCAACGAGGCUGCCGCUGGCCGGCUAGUAGCGGACAGUUGUGGCAACAUUGGUUGCAGACAAUGCUUGCGUCGGUUGGUUGGCCACCAACGUUGGCUUGUUGCAACUACAUUCUGCUUUGUGUCCACCAUCCGGUGUGUAGUUGCAGCAACACUUAAUUGGCGCAUUUCGGCGUGUUGCAGCGGCAUGUGGUGUGCAUUU